ACUAAUCUUUAGUUUGACCUUAGAUUCAUCUUAAAUGGUGAAAUAUAUGCAUAAUCCUAACUAAUUGUUAAUAAAUAAAUUUAAGAAUAUGAUAUUCCGCAGUGUACUAUAAUUAACCGUGGGGGUGAGAAUGUAAAUCAUAAAACUAUGGCGUGUUUCGCUUAAUUGUGAUUGGUCUAACGGAAAGAUCACGACAAGAACACGAUAUGUUGCGUGGGGCAAACGAAACGCGCCAUCUUGUCGUAUUUUUUUUGAAAUUCAAACUCCGUGAGAAUAGCCAUUGUUUAAUAAAUAGUUUAUAUUUUCAGAUUAGUUGAGAUGAUGGAGCAAUUAUAUUCGAAAUCUUUUCUAUUCAAUAUAAUGCUAAGUUCAGUAUUAAUAUGUUUAGGUGGAUUUAACAUCGUGUUCAGUAAACAGUUUGGUCAAGUGUUCGCGUAUGUGAAUUUCCUUGUAAUGUGCAUGUAUCAGAUAUUUAUGAUCUGCUACUUUGGGGACAUGGUGGUGAUAUCGAGUUCACAAGUCAGUGAAGCGAUUUUCAACAGUAAAUGGUACGACGCUGAAGUGAAAAUUAAGAAAAGUCUAUACAUAGUACUUUUAAGGUCCCAAAAACCAUGUACGCUGACGGCAGCCAAAUUUGCAACUCUUAAUCUGAGAGCUUUUACAACGAUUCUAAGCCGCUCCUGGUCAUAUUUCGCUCUUCUCAGAACUAUGUACAAUUAAACUUGCUUACACUAUUUAAAAUCUUAUAUUAAUGGAUGUUAAAUUUUAAAUUCUACUAAUAAAGAUACUGUCAUAGUUUUAAUAA